UUGGCGGCAUUGGCAAUUGGCAUUGCGGCAACUGGAAAUUAAGAACUGUUUGUUUUUAAUCAAAAUCAAUUAAAUAAUAAUAUUAAAUUGGCAUUGUGUGUAUGUGUAUAAAUAAUUUUUAAUUCAAGUUUUAGUGAACAAUAUAAUAUAGAAAAAUGCGCAGAGAUGAAAAAUUUUCUGAUAAUGGAUUUGAAGCUUGGGGUGGAUAUAUGCAAGCUAAAAUUACAAAACUGGAAGAGCAGUUUUCAUCGGGGAUUGGAAAAGCUGAUAAUCGACUAACAAACAUUUUCAAUGGAAUAAGUAUCUAUGUUAACGGCUUCACUAUACCAUCAGCAGAUGAGUUGAAAGAGUUAAUGGCAAAACAUGGUGGUGUUUACCACACGUAUCAAAGAAGCGAUGAUUUUGUUAUUGCUUCGAAUUUACCUGAUACCAAGGUUAAAAAUAUGUCGCUAGCUAGAGUAGUUAAGCCCGAAUGGAUAACAGCGAGCAUAACAGCCAAUCGUUUGUUGGAUUAUAAGGAUUACUUACUUUAUAGGAAUUCUAAAACACAACCAAAGUUAAACUUUACUCAUACAAGUAGAACAGACUCCUUUAAUGUUCAUGUUAACUGUGAGAGAAAAGAAAGCGUCAAGGUAAAAGAAACCAGCCCCAGUGAUGGUUAUCAAAAAGGUGUUGCUCGAGACAAUCACUCAAACACCCUAAAUGAACCAGAAUUCCAGAAAAACCAACCAACUAAAACUGCUGCCGAUCCAAAUUUUAUAUCCGAAUUUUACAAUAAUUCAAGGUUGCACCAUAUUUCACAGCUCGGGGCAUGUUUCAAACAGUAUGUCAAUGAUCUUAGAGAUGAAAGUAACUUUGAAUUUCCAGCUCGUAAUGAUUUGAAAUCAAGAAUAUUGGCAAUAGACAGCGUUACGAACCAUUCAAGUGCUGCAUGUAAUCAUCUAAAAACAAUUAUGCAUAUUGAUAUGGAUUGUUUCUUUGUCUCUGUUGGAUUGCGUAAUAAACCAGAGCUCAGGGGAAAACCUGUUGCUGUUACACAUUCUAAGGGUGGACAGCCACGGACAAAAAGACCUGGUGUAGAUAGAGCAACAGAAUUUAAUUUAUAUAAACAAAAGCAGUUUAAUAAAAUAAGUAAAGCAACUGGAAUAGCUGAAGGUUUUGAAUUGAAGACGAGAGUUGACAAUAUCACAGAUGAGGAUGAUAAGUUUGGAUCGAUGAGUGAAAUUGCUUCAUGUUCCUAUGAGGCAAGAGCCAAAGGAGUCAAAAAUGGGAUGUUUAUGGGGGAAGCUUUAAAACUUUGCCCUGACCUGUUAACAAUCCAAUAUGACUUUGAGGGCUAUAAGGAAGUUGCAUACACAUUAUACAACACUAUAUCUCAAUACACAUUAGACAUAGAGGCUGUGUCCUGUGAUGAGAUGUAUGUAGAUUGCACUGAACUUUUAAAAACAUUAAAUGUUAGCGUUCAUGAUUUUGCCUUUGCUUUAAGAGAAGAAAUCAAAAAUAAAACAGGAUGUCCAUGCUCAACUGGGUUUGGCGGCAAUCGUUUGCAGGCAAGACUAGCCACUAAGCAAGCUAAACCAGAUGGACAGUUCUUUCUGACACCUGAUCUUGUUGAUGAGUUUAUGUUUAACAUUAAUCUUAGAGAUCUACCUGGAGUUGGAAGGCAGAUAUCACAGAAACUAGAGUCUUUAGGACAUGUUACUUGUGGAUCACUUCAAAUUCUAUCACUUGCAUCUCUUCAAAACCAUUUAGGCAAUAAAACUGGCUCACAAUUGUAUGAUCAGUGUAGAGGAUGUGACGCACAUCCAUUAACAUUUCAUACAGUUAGAAAAUCAGUGUCUGCUGAAGUAAAUUAUGGUAUCCGUUUUGAGAAUAAUGAGCAGUGUGAAGAAUUUUUAAAACAACUUUCAGCUGAGGUUCAUUCUAGGAUGUUACAAUUUAAAGUAAUGGGUAAAUGUAUUACUUUGAAGCUUCUGGUGAGAGCUAAAGAUGCCCCAGUAGAAACUGCUAAGUUUAUGGGCCAUGGAUUCUGUGAUCCCAUCAAUAAAUCUACAACAUUGCAGAAUGCAACAAAUGAUAUAAACAUAAUAACUAAAGAAGUCAUUGCUAUAUGUAAGAAACAAAAUAUAGACCCAAAAGAGCUGAGAGGUAUUGGAAUACAAAUAACAAAAUUGGAUUCAAUAAGCAAUAAACAAGUCUCUGGACCUAUUAGUAAAUUUUUCAAAAGCAAAGCUAUUAGACCUGAACCACAACAAAACAAACCAGAAUCAUUUGAUAAUGUUCAAAAUGUUUUAAGAACAGAUCAAAGAACAAAUACAAUUCCAUCAACACCUAAGAAAAAUAAAGUCACACAGUCUGAAUCUAAAUCUCCAAUUUUAGGGACAUCAAAAUAUAAUCUACCGAAGAAAAGAGGUAGACCAAGUAAAUCUGUAAAGCCAGAGGUAUCCACAUCAAAAAAUGUAAUGACUAAAUUUCUUCAAGGCGAAAGUGUUUCACAUGACAUUUGUGUUAAAAAAGAGCCAGUUAAAGAAAAUGUCCCAAAAGAAACGUGUACUAAAAUUGAACCAAAACCAGGUUUACUUAACUUGCCAUGGGAAAAAGUGAGAGAAUUACUGAGAGCAUGGUUCGACAGUGGUCAGACACCAAAACCUUGGGAUGUUGAUUUGAUUGUAGAGUAUCUCAGAGAAAUGGUUACCAGUAAAAACAUAGAUAAAGUAUAUAUUUUGGUCAAUUUUAUUAAGAGAAAAAUAACUGAAAUGAAAAAUGACAACUGGAAUCAUGUUGUAAAUUGUGUUGUGGAAGAAGUACAAAAUGCUAUGCUGGCUGUUUAUGGUAAAAAGUUAUUAAUAAAUGAUUUUUAAAAUGUUGAGAUAA